GGAUCGCCAUCGCCUCACCGCGCGCGAACGCCUUUCGCAGUGGCCCGUCACUGCAAACCAUCGCCCGCCACUCGUUUGAUUGAUUAUCGAGUCGAAUCGUCUCGCUCGCUGCGGCUUCACGGACCUGCUCGGACCUGCUCGGCUCUGCUUAUCGGGUGUCGCACAGCUGGCCUCAGGGAUCUUAGAUCAGAUCAGAUCAGGAGAAGGACCUGCUCCUCAGCGCUGCAUCCCGCCCCCUCCGCCUUCAACCACAGCGCGACUUGCUGCUAUCGGCCCUUGCAGGACUGCGAAGAGACGAGAGGACAAGGACGCAGAGAAAAGUUGAAUUGGCCAGGCCGAUACCCUUGGCAAUCACGCAGCUGAGCCACUAUCGCUGUCUUGAAUUUGUGCCGCUUUGGGGCAAAGACAUCUCCCCCAGACGACAAGAUGCAUUUCGCAUAUCCUUCCCGCAAGAGCUCCAACCCACCGCCCUUCCGACCUCGAUCCACACGGCUGCCCGGCCUGCGGAGGAGCCGCAUCAAGACCAUUGGCAUUGUGGUCUUCGUGGUGUUUGCGGCACUUUGGUUCUUCUCCAAUCCAAGAGUGCCGCGCCCCGACCAUGAGCGCGUGCCUUCUGGCCAGCCGCCCGUCGUCAUUGUGACCGUCAUCGACCCGACCCAGUACCCCAAUGCCUAUCUGAAAACCGUCAAGGAGAACCGCGAGCAGUAUGCCGCCAAGCAUGGAUACGAGGCAUUUGUGGCAAAGGCCUACGACUACGACACCAAGGGAGCGCCGCAGAGCUGGUCCAAACUCAUGGCUAUGCGACACGCGCUGGCCAAAUUCCCCGAGUGCAAGUUUGUCUGGUACCUCGACCAGGACGCCUACAUCAUGGACGUGAACAAGUCGUUGGAGGAGCAUCUCCUGGGGCAGCGGAAGCUGGAGAGCCUGAUGAUCAAGAACUACCCCGUCGUGCCGCCGGACAGCAUCAUCAAGACAUUUUCGCACUUGAGGGCAGAAGAGGUCGAUCUCAUUGUCAGCCAGGAUACCUCGGGCUUGGUGGCCGGCAGCGUGGUGGUAAGGAACAGCCAAUGGGGCAAGUUUUUCCUCGAGACAUGGAUGGAUCCUCUUUACCGAAGCUACAAUUUCCAAAAGGCCGAGAGACACGCUCUGGAGCACAUUGUCCAAUGGCACCCCACCAUCCUCUCGAAGUUGGCGCUCGUGCCACAACGCACCCUCGGCCCUUACACGCGCACCGACAAGGGAGACGCCUACCAAGACGGCGACUUUGUCGUCAUGUUUUCCGGCUGCACCAAGGAGGGUGUCGUGAACUGCGAGACCGAGUCAGCAAGCUACUACCAGAAAUGGAGCUCGUCGUUUAAGAGCUAG